UUUAAUGACUUGCCAAGACUGUCUUGUGUGUGGCAGAACUAGUUCCACUUCUGAUAUCAUCUUAGACUACAACUGUACUCCAGGGCCUAUUGAACUGGAGGGCGGGCACAAGUGUACGUGCGAGUGCCUUCCCGGCUAUUCGUGCCUCCUCGAGUGCAAAGACCACCUGUCGCAGGACGGAACGGCCAACAUAGGUCGAACGCCUGCCAAGUCCAUAUUCAAACAGUAA